UAUGAAUUCAUCUAACCUAAAAGAAAUCAUAGAUUAAUGAAAUAUUGAUUUGUCAUAUUUUGGGGUUUGGAGUGUUUAUUAAUAUGAAAAAACCAUCUGAAUUGAAUCACGAAUUCUCGAAAGAAUCUGCUAAAUAGAUUUUGGUGUACGUAAUAGGAGUAGAGUCAUAUAUAUUGUUCCAAAAUGAAUGCGGAAUCAAAUGAAAUAGAUAAAACUGUUGAGUGUUCAGAGAUUGAAGAGAACUUCAGGUCUCAAUUGAAAAAAAAUGAAGAUAUUUCCAAACAAUUCAUUGAUGAGAAUGAAGUUCAUGAGAGGAUUGUAGACUUGGAAAAUGAUGAUGAUUCUUUGAAUAUAAAAGAAUCACCCAAAUUAUGUGAUGAAUCUUCUUAUUCAAAUACGAAGAAACAUCACUGCCGCCUGUGUGAUUAUGCUACAAAACAAAAAAGAACGCUCAAACAACAUGUAAAUUCUGUUCAUAUAAAUUUGAGGGAACAUGAGUGUCACCUGUGUGAUUAUGCGACCAAUCAGAAAGCUUGUCUCAAACUACAUAUAGAUUCAGUUCAUUUCAAUUUGAAGGAACAUAAGUGUCACCUGUGUGACUAUGCUGCAAAUCAGAAAGUGUUUGUCAAACAACAUAUUGCAGCUGUUCAUUACAAUUUGAAGGAACAUAAGUGUCACCUGUGCGAUUAUGCUUCAAACUAUAAAAAUUUAAUCAAACAACAUAUUGCAGCUGUUCAUUACAAAUUGAAGAAACAUGUAUGUGAUAUGUGUGAUUUUGCUACUAACAGAAAAGUGCAUCUCAAACAACAUAUAGAUUCUGUUCAUUUGAAAUUGAAGAAACAUAAGUGUCACCUCUGUGAUUAUGCUGCAAACCAUAAAGGCAAUCUCAUGAAACAUGUAAAUUCAGUUCAUUUAAAUUUGAAGGAACAUAAGUGUUACAUGUGUGAUUAUGCUACAAAUAUUAAACAAUUACUAAAACAACAUAUAGAUUCAGUUCAUUUGAAAUUGAAAGGACAUAAAUGCCACCUGUGUGGUUAUGCUGCAAAUCAGAAACAGAAUCUCAAAAGACAUAUUGAUGCUGUUCAUUUAAAUUUGAAGACACAUAAGUGUCAUCUAUGUGAUUAUGCUGUAAAUCGUAAAGAAAUGCUUGACCAACAUAUAAAUUCAGCUCAUUUAAAUUUGAAGCAAUAUAAGUGUCACAUGUGUGAUUAUGCUACAAAUCAGAAAGCUAGUCUCAAACUACAUAUAGAUUCAGUACAUUUCAAUUUGAAGGAACAUAAGUGCCACCUGUGUGACUAUGCUACAAAUCAGAAAGUUUUUCUCAAACAACAUAUUGAUGCUGUUCAUUUCAAUUUGAAGAAACAUAAGUGUCACCUGUGUGAUUUUGCUACAAACUAUAAAUAUUCAAUCAAACAACAUAUAAAUCAUGUUCAUUUACAUUUGAAGGAACAUAAGUGUCACACUUGUGAUUAUGCUACAAAUAAUAAACAAUUAAUCGAACAACAUAUAGAUUCAGUUCAUGUAAAUCUCAAUCAUGUAAAUUCUAAUGAUUCAGAUAUGGGGCAACAUGUGUUAACCGAAAAUUCAAAACAUGAAGAUUCGAUUCAUUUCAAUGAGCAUGAUUAUGCCGAAAAUCAGAACAUGGUAAUAAAACAAGAUAUAGAUCUUGUCCAUUUAGAAUAAAUGCACAAUGGAUGCAAUCUUUUCGAUUCCAAUGUAAAUUAUGAAAGUAUCUCCCAAAACAUCUAUAUUCUGUUUAUUUAAAAUUGAAUCAACAUAUGUGAUUAUGCAGCAACAGUGCUUUCAAUAUCGAUGUUCAAAAUGCCAUAUAGAUUCCUUUCAUGUAAAUAAAGUCUGAAAUGUUUCUUUUGGGAUCACUCAAAAUGCUUGAAUAUGACUGAAAAAGAGUUAACAGUAAAUAAAAUUUUCUGAUGAACAGUAAAUUGUUGGUUAAUAUAUUUAAUUUAUUCAUUUUGAUUAUAAGUCUCAUUAUUACAGUCUACACAAUCAUUAAGUUUAUAAAAUUAGAUUGUAAAAAGUUUGUUUAUAUUAUAAAUGUUUAUAAUUUUUUGAACAAUUAUUGUUUAAUAAUGUGAUAAGAUAGUUAAUGACCAUUUGAUGAAUAUAUUAAUUCAAGAGAAUGUUGGAACAUUCAUUAUCAUUUAAAUAAAUAAAUAAAAUGAAAAUGUAGUUUUUUAUAAAAUCCAUUCUCAAUUCUUUUUGUUUUAGAAAAUCUUGAUUUAUGUUCGCAUUAUUAAUUUAUUUCCUAGCUUAGGGUCAUACUUGAUUUAAUUCGUAUCUUGUAUGUAUUCAGUUCAUUCAAAUUUGAAGGAUCAUAACGUAUAAGAAUGUAAAAAAAACGACACCAAUGUUUCAGAUUAUUAAAAGAAGUAUUUUUCUUUAACAUUCCUGAAUUGCUUCCUUGAAAAUAUUUGACCAUCAGUUUUAGAAAAAGGAUCAAUUUUGUAGCACUUGUCCCAGUUUUUGUGUUGAUUCAUGUUAUGUCUUUUAAUAAGUUUACCUAUUUUGUCAGUCAAUUAAGAGGGGAGGUGUGUUCUCCCGUUAAAAAUUAUUUUUGGAGUACUCUGUGAUCCUAUCUCUGUUCUCUAGUGUUUAAGAAUCUUUUUUUCUUUAAGAAUCGUUCGAUUUAUUCCGAGAUACAACCUUCCGAUCAUAAGUAUUGUCUUAAGUGUUUCCAUUUCUCCUCAAUAUAUUUUGACUCACAUAUAUGUCAGGCUCUAUUUACAAGUGUGUUGGUCACUACUCAUUUCUCGUUUUUAUUGUAAGACCCCGUACACUCAUCAUGCAAAUUAAUUUUUAUGAAAUAUAUUGAAUCUUCAGAUACAUGGAUAUGGGAAGUGCAACAAAAUUUUAUUUUUACGCCUCUUACAACCACCAAUUCGUAUUUCAGUUCAAUAUCUCAUAUGUAAACGAUUAACCGAUCAACUUUUAUGAAUUUAUUUAUCAUUGGUAUAUUUUGUUAAAUUACGAUAAAACCACAAUAGUUGUGUGAUAUACGCCACUGGGUCCAGACAUUCGUUCGAGAAUCUUCGGUGGUUCUAGCAACGCAAUGCCGGCAGCAAGUUCACAUCAUUCAUCAUUUGACGUAUAGACAAAUAAAUUCAUUUCUCUAUGAAUUGAAGUAAAUUAACCUUAGCCUGAAAUUAAUUAAUUUCAGUUGAAAGUAUCUCAAAACAAUAUUGUUUAUUAUAUUCUACAUAAAUCGAAUAGGACGUACAUCGAAGUAUAUUUAUCGAAAGCCACAUGCACGGAAGUUGUAUUAUAAGUACUGUUCAAGAAUGAAAUUCGAGACAAAUAAAAUUGAUGAGGUUAAUGGAAAAGACUAUACAGAAUUUGGAAAGGAUUUCAAGAAUCAUUCGGCAAAAAUAGAAGAUAUUGCCAAACAAUUCACUGAUGACAUUGGAAUUCAUGAGAGGACAGUAUACUUAGAAAAUAUUAAUGGAAAUGACUUGAGUCACAAAGAUGUUCAUGAUGGUUCUUCAAAAACAUUAGAACCACCCCAACAUAUACUUCACUCAAAUUUGAAGGAACAUAAAUGCCAUCUGUGUGAUUAUGUUGCAAAUUCGAAAAUAUUACUUAAGCGGCAUAUAUAUUCAUUUCAUUUAAAACUAAAACAACAUAAGUGUGACCUGUGUGAUUUUGCAUCACAUCGAAAAGUAAAUCUCCAAGAACAUAUAAAUUCAGUCCAUUUAAAGUUAAAGGAACAUAAGUGUCUCCUGUGUGAUUAUGCUGCAAAUAGGAGAACCACUCUCAAAUAUCAUAUAGAUUCAGUUCAUUUAAAUUUGAAGGAACAUGAAUGUAACCUGUGUGAUUAUGCCACGAAUCAGAAAGCUCAUCUCAAAGAACAUAUAGAUUCAGUUCAUUUGAAUUUAAAGAAACAUAAGUGUAACUUGUGUGAUUAUGCUACAAAUAACCAAACUGAUCUAAAACUACAUAUAAAUUCUGUUCAUUUAAAAUUGAAAGAACAUAAGUGUCACUUGUGCGAUUUCGCUACAAAUUAUAAAAAAUUACUAAAACGACAUAUAAGUUCAGUUCAUUUAAAACUGAAACAACAUAAGUGUCACCUGUGUGAUUAUGACGCGAAUCUGAAAAAAACCCUGAAACAACAUAUAAGCUCAGUCCAUUUCAAUUUGAAGGAAUAUAAGUGUCACCUGUGCGAAUAUGCGGGAAAUCUUAAAAAGUAUCUUAAUCAACAUAUUAAUUCUGUUCAUUCGAAUUUGAAGGAACAUGAGUGUCACCUGUGUGACUAUACUACAUAUCAGAAAAGAUAUCUCAAAAAACAUAUAAAUGAAGUUCAUUUAAAAUUGAAACAAAAUAAUUGUCACAUGUGUGAUUAUGCUUCAAAUAAUAAAACCACUCUCGAACAGCAUAUAGAUUCAGUACAUUUAAAGGAACAUUAGUGUCGCUUGUGUGAUUUUGAUGUAAAUUUGAUAACGAAUCUCAAGCAACAUAUAAAAUCAAUUCACAAUUGUAUAAUUCUUCAAAUUAAAAAGGGUGUCUCAAACACCAUAUCUGUAUUAUAUUCUGUUCAUUUAAAUUUGAAGUAUCAUAAGCGUCACUUGUGUGAUUUGCUACAAAAAAAUUGACUUGCCUCAAACAUAUUGGUAUGUCUUAUAGGAUCAAUAAAGGUUAUUCAAAUGAUUAUAAUAAUAGAAAAUUACUAUAAAGAAUGUAUAGGUACAGGUCUUUCAAAAUUGAAAAAAACUAUAACUAACUAAGAACUAUAAGUCAUCACUUAUGGUGUUAAGACAGCAUAAUUACGCCCAAAAUCAGAAAUAAAACAACAUAUGUAUUUAUUUUUAUUCAUUUAUUUGAAAAUAAAACUAUCAUUCAAAAAUUUUUUGUUACUAUAGUUGAAUUAAAAUUAAAUUUUUAAAAUUAUUGAUUUUACAUUUUAAUUAAUCAUUUGAUCAAUCCCAAGUAUUUAGUUUGCUUCACUUGAGUUAGUUUCUUACCAUUAAUUAACAGAUGUGGGUAGAUGUUGGUGUUCUAUUAUUAAACAGGUUACACAAAUUUUUUUCAUUUAUCAUUUAUCAAGUUUGUUCGAGGUAUGUACAUUAUAAAUAUCAUGUCGUAUAGAUUCAUUUCAUAUGUAUAAAGUUUGAAGUGAUUCUUUUGCGACUACUCAAAAUUCUUGAAAUAUGAGUAAGAGAAAAGUUAAUAAUGAAUGGAAGUUUCUGAUGAACAGUGAAAAUUAUAUUUAUUUUGAUGUGAUAUGUAAUUUAUUGGUUUUACAUAUUAUUACUAUCCAAACAAUCAUGAAGUUUAUAAAAUGAGAUUCCAUAUAGUUUUCUAAUAUCAUAAUUGUUAAAAAUUUAUUAAACAAUUAUUGAUCAAUAAUGUAAUAAGCUAGUUAAUAAACAUUUAGUAAAUAUAUAAUAAUUUAAGAAAAUUAUGACAAACUUGGAAUCCUAGAAAGAUGAAAUUUCGAGUAUGGAUAACCAAUAUCCCGUGAAUCAUUUACUUAUAAUAUAAUAAAAUAAGUCUCUAAUCAAAAAGGGGUGUUCAAAAUCAUAAGCUUCAAGUUCAACUAAAAUGUGCGUUUUUUCAAAUACACGCCACUGGGCCGGGUUCGGGUAUCUUCGGUGGUUCUGACUACGCAAUGUCGAUAGCAAGUUCACACUGUUUAUUCCAAAGAUUAAUCUUUGGUUUAUUCAUAGAUAGGAAGUUCUGCAUAGACCUAAUAUCAUAUAUGAUAUAAUAUUCUAUGAUUCUACUUUUCUAUGAUGCAUAUUAACCUAACCUUAAAAAUAUUCAUUAAUUACAUAGAUAGUGGUGUCUCAAGACAGAAUUUUUUUUUAUAUUCUACAUAAAUCGAAUAUCAACAUCAAAUAAAAUUUCUCGAAGAGCCCUGUGCACAGGAGUUUUAUUAUAUGCAUUGCUUUAGAAUGGAAGUUGCGAAAAAUGAUGAAAAUAUUGAUAGUUCCGAAUUUGAAAAGAACUUCGAAAUUAUUUUAGAAAAAAUGGAAAAUAUCGUUGGACAAUUCAUUGAUGAGAAAGAGGUUCAUGAGAAAACAGUACACUUAGAAAAUGUUAAUGGAAAUCCCAUGAAACCUUUUUCCAAACACAAUGGGUUCCAUGGUGAAUUCAUGAAAUUCAUGAGCAAUUCAAAAACAAAAAAAAAACCCCAAUUUUAUAAAGAACCAAUUGAUUCAAAUACGAAGCAACACAAGUGUCACUUAUGUGAUUAUGUUACGAAUCAGAAUGUGAAACUCAAUCGACACAUAAAUAGAGUUCAUUCAAGUUAAGUGUCACCUGUGUGAUUAUACUACAAAUCGUAAAGUGAAUCUCAAACAACACAUAAAUUAUGUUCAUUUGAAUUUGAAGAAACAUAAGUGCCACCUGUGUGAUUUUGCUUCAAAUCAAAAAGUGCAUCUCAGACGACACAUGAAUUGUGUUCAUUUGAAUUUGAGGGAACAUAAGUGUCACCUGUGUGAUUAUGCUGCAAAUUGGAAAAUGGAUCUCCAAAAACAUAUAAAUUCCGUUCAUUUAAAAUUGAAGCAACACAAAUGUCACCUGUGUGACUUUGCUGCAACUAAGAAUAAUAAUCUCAAACAACAUAUGAAUGCCGUUCACCUAAAAUUGAAGGAACAUAGGUGUCACCUGUGUGAUUAUGCUGCAAAUCUGAGAGGGAGUCUCAGAAGACAUAUAGAUGCUUAUCAUUCAAAUCAUUCAAAUUUGAACGUACGCAAGUGUCAUCUGUGUGAUUACGUUACAAAUUUCAAAAAAAAUCUUAAACAACAUUUGAGGUCAGUUCAUUUAGAAUUGGAACAACAUAAGUGCCACCUAUGUGAGUACAUUACAAAUGAAAAAAUGGUAUUAAAACAACAUAUAAACUCGAUCCACUUCAAUGAACAUGAUUACACUAAAACUUUGAUUUUCAAUGAACAUAAUUAUGCUAAAAAUUAGAAAAUGAUAAUGAAAUAAUAUAUAGAUUCUGUUUAUGUAAAACUGAAGAUAGGUGAUUAAGCUUAGUCUAUAAAAUGUUUUCAUCUAAUUAUGAAGUAAUUGAAUGUCAUAUUGAUUUGUACCAUUUAAAUAAUGUUUUAAAAAUACAUCAAAUCAGAUUCAACCAACCAUAAUGUAUAUAAAAUAAAAUGAGAUUGUAUAGAGCUUGUUUCUAAUAUAUAUAUUUUUUAUUUUA